AUGAAGCUGUUGAUCCUUGCCCCCCUUGGUGCUUUGCUUUCCGUUGCAAUGGCUGAUAUUCCUGACCCUAAUAAUCCCCAGGGUAUGACACCGUGUUUGCUCAAGCUGUUUCUUACGCAAGGCUACUUGAUCAGCUUUCUUGCAACGUCGAAGCAGCUGAGGAGCGAUACCUUUGUGCUUGCCCUCAACACCUGCCUAUCGGCUAGAUGUGAUGCAGCAGAUGUCAAGAUGUCCAAGGAUUUGCAUGUCAAGAUCUGUGGCGGGACCCCUGUCUAG